AUGGCUCCCUAUGAACUGUUAUAUGGCAGAAAGUGUAGGUCUCCCAUUCACUGGGAUGAGACAGGAGAGAGGAAAUAUCUAGGUCCGGGAUCAGUGCAACAAACUAAUGAAGCGAUUGAGAAGAUUAAAGCCAGAAUGCUUGCUUUGCAGAGCAAACAAAAGAGUUAUGCAGAUCUCAAACGUAGCGAUAUAGAAUUUCAAGUAGGGGACCAUGUGUUCCUACGGGUGUCUCCUAUGAAGGGGAUCAAGCAUUUCGGGAAAAGAGACCCGACUCAUGUACUUAGCUAUGAGAAUCUUGAGCAGCAACCAGAUAUGUCUUAUGAAGAACAACCAGUUCAGAUCCUUGACAUAAAGGAUAAGGUAAGGGCAAGGCUAAAGUUGAGGAGGCGUGAGUACGGGCAAAUGAGGAUUCUAAAGGAGUAUGGGUAA